CACGACAAGAUCCUGAUGCUCGGAGACUCCCUUACAGAACUCAGCAGCAACGUCCACACACUUUCGUUCGCUCUCACACCUGCGCUACAACACUACUAUUUUCGCAAGCUUGCUGUCGUUGCUCGGGGAUACGGCGGCUACAGCUCAAUGCAUUUGAAGCAUGUGCUGCUGCCGACAUUGCGUGCGGAAACAGCAGCCGGAGAGACAAUCAAGCUACUGGUGGUAGAGAUUGGCACAAACGACGCAGCAGAGCGCGAUAUACAAACCGUGACCGUGGAAGAAUACAGCGAAAAUCUCCAGUGGAUUGUGGAACAGGCCGGAAAGGCCGGCGUCGAGAGAAUCAUCGUGGUAGGCCCCGGAGCUGUAGAUGAGAACAUGCUGGAACCUCCCGUGUACAACCGAACAAUGAGAAAUCUAUCAUAUUCGGAGGCUGCAAAAGCCGUUGCAAAACGCUGUGGUGUACCGUUUAUCGACAUGUGGCAUGCAAUAUACUCGCACGUGGGAUGGAAAGAAGGGGAGCCAGUGCCAGGCGUAUUUGGUACAAGCCAGACGGUACUGAAGGAUGUUUUAGACGACGGAGUUCAUCUCACCGGCAAGGGCUACAGAAUAUGGUACGAUGAGCUGUUGGCGGUGAUUGAAACGGAGUUUCCAGAGUUAAAAUCCGAAGCACUGCCAACGGUAUUGCCG